GUGAAAGUCAGUAACCCCUCGUAGGAGGGAAAAUGCUGACUUUAAUAAAUGAUGAUGAUAGAUGAUAAACCCAAACUCCAUUAAUUAACAGAUAAUCUACAUGUAGAAGAUGACCACGUGUCUGUACUUUAAUCAAAUCUGUUCAAGAGAUUGUUAUGUUAACUGUAGUACUGUACAGUUUUUUUUUUUUCUUAUUUCAAUCAGUUUACCCAGCAUCCGAGGGCCUAAUGAACAGCAUGACCAUCCUGCUCUAGCUGCAGCUAUUGCUAUAUCAGAGCAGAAAGAGAGCAGAAUUCAAGACAUUGACAUCACCUCACUCAACCUCAGUGACAGAACAAACAACUUGUUUUUGAAUACUCUACUGAAAGGUAGACAAGCUGCGACAAAAGACAUUGUGAAGAAACACAGGAGUGUAGCAUCUAAAGAGCACCGAGAACUGAGGAUCCUGAUGAAUUCAAGGGUUACUGGACAAGAGAUCAAAGCCUUCUUCAAGAAAAGUAAGCAGCUCCAAUCUGCCAAUAUACACGUCCGCAGCAAACGGCUCAGGAUAGACCAGUGUGGUACAGAUCUUGUGGAGAGGGUCUUGGAUUUGAUUGAAAAAGAGAGAACAACAGAGCUUAAUUUGAGCUACAAUAGCCUUAGAAAUGAGGGUCUCAAAAGGAUCUUGGACCUUAUUCAACAGUUCCCAGCACUCACCACAUUGUGUCUUAGGUAUAACACCCUGAACUUUACGAAUGAACAUGGUGACUCAGCAGUCAAGGAGCUAGCGUCUACUCUCCGUCGUCUUCCCCACCUCAGAUACCUCAAUUUAUCUGCAAAUCGUAUAACCCGGAAAUUAGCAGAAAUACUUAGCCCCAUGGAGCAGUCAUUGUCCCUCCUUGAUGCAACCUGCUGUAUGCUUUCUAAAGAGGACAUUGAGUAUCUCUCUGGAUCUCAUCAUACCCGAGGCCUGCAGCAUCUGCGCUUGAGAGAUAACUAUGACUUUGGGCGCAACUGGGAAGCAGCGGAGAGACUUAUCAGGAAUGUAGCUAACAACUUGGUAGAGCUUGAUCUAGAACACUGCAACCUGAGCCGAAUUCAAGGUGUCGCUGCUCGACUGGCUGUUCUAGCACCAAGAUUCAAGUGCUUGAGGUCUCUGGAGAUACAACACAACUUUUUGACAGCUAGGGAUCAGAUUAAUGUUGUUGUGGAAUUUGGGAAAUGUCCUACGAUGGACGUGCUCAGAUUGUCUUUCCCUAUAAAGGAAGAGGAUGUAUUUCUGCUUGAAGAUGAUGACGAAGGCAGAACUGAUCGAGAAUGGUUCGAGAAUGUUUGUAAGAAAAGAAAAGCUGAAGCUCAGCACCAUCAUCCUGGUGGUAAUACAUGUAAAUGUAAACUUUUAAUUGUCUAUGUAUAUCAAGAAGACUUGGUGUUCCAUUCAGCUGAAGACCAAUUUGUAUUUUCAAUUUGAUUAUACAAUAUAUGUAUAUUGUUGAACUUCCACCAGAGGGUUCUGUGCAUUCUGAAAUAUCUGCAAUUUCAUAAAGACAUGGUAAUAGCAGGGGGACGUUUCACAAAACUUGUCAUCAGCGACAAAUGACAGUUUGUGUUAUAAGCUACUGAAAUCCUUGCUUCUGAUUGGUUAUCAGCAGAUUUGUCACUGAUUUUUGUCAUUGAAAAAAGGCUUUGUGAAACGCCCCCCAAGGAGUGUCAGGAGAGGAUUUGGAAUUCAUAAGAAGGUACUCCGGAAGUACUCCAGAAGAACCAGAAUCACUAAUCAACAUAUUUUGGUAGUUAUCAGAGGGUCAAGUGAUUUGCCAUAUUAUAGGUCAAUUUUAUUUUAACCCUAUUUAGCCCGGGCUAUUUUGAAACUGCAUAGCCCGGGGGGGGGG